GCAGUACUACAUCGAAUUGAAAAAAGUCGAAUAUGAUAUAUAUUAUUUUCAUUAAUAUUAUUAUUCACUACACUGAUGAAUACUUAAUUGUCGGGAAAAAAAAGGAAAAUGGAGAAAAUGAAAUGGAAAAAAACCGAAUAAAAAGGCGUCAACGUCCGUGGCGGCGCUAGUGGACAAUAAAAUAAUGAGGUAUAUAUAUGUAUUGAGCAGAGUUACUUCUGCAAGACGAAAACAUUCCAAUAGUGUCAGGAGGAUACGGCUGGCAGAUGUUUUCGAGUAAAAAUAAUUCCAUCUCAAUUAUGAAGUGACUUAUCAGGGCCCCUCUAAUUAGCCAAUCAGUAUUUCAACACUAGUAAUCACUUUUGGAAAUUUGUAACGUAAUUAAACUAUACAAUAUGAUCAGUGGAUUUCAAAUAGCCUUGAAAAAUACUAUCGACGUGAUAGCACCUCCAGCUACACCGAUUCAAGAUUUUACGUAUCAUUGGAAACAGUUAAUGAAUUAUUACGCAAGCCAUCAAACGAACAAUAAACUGCCGAUCGAGAGUACAUGCAUACCGCAGCACCUGGAGCGUCUCCUGGAGCUUCUCCUAGCAGAGGAACGAAUGGAUGAUAAUCCAGGACCAUGUCUCGAGUACUUGCUCCAGCACAAAUUGCUGGACUGGUUGACGACUUUGGCAAGUGUGGAGACACCCCCGGGGAUGCGUUAUGUCUGUCUCUCGUUUAUGAAACGAUUCCUGGCAAGAUCAAGGUUUUCCCUGCUGCAUCAGGCAGCGGUGUACGGCCCUGUGCAGAGAUUGAUAAGCCUCUGCAGUGGAAAGAUACCAUCCCCAGUAGAAACAGAGGAGAUUCAUUUCCUGCUGACAAUCUGCUUCCUGGUGUGUCGCUAUCCCCAUGUCACGAACAUCGUCAACGAUUCAGGUGUUAGCCGAGGGGGUCCUGAGGCCCAAACGAGUGCCAAUGACAAGCACUUGGUGACGUAUGUAUCCUCGAAGAAACAGAACAGCCUGAAUCCCCUCUUCGAGCCCCUCAACACACAGGCAAUUACCCUGAUGAACCCGAAUUUAUUUGCCUGCGAUAAGCAGAGGCGCAAAUCCAUCGCUUCUGAACGCCUUAAGCUCAAGGACGAGGGGGACAAGAGGGGAAAGGAGAGGAAGACGAGGUCCAGUGCGUCCAACUCCUCCAGGGAUGAAAACUCGUCCAGGUGCUCCAGUCCAGCUUGCGAUAAAUUGAACCUGGGGACCGAGGGGGACAGGGAAUCGGACAGGAUUUUCGCGGUAUUGGAUGGGGAGAAACUCCAGGAGUUGGAGGAACUGAGGAUUGACACUGAUUGUGGCAAUGGGGUCGAAUCUGAGGAGUCUAAGAACCAAAGUCUCGCUAUUUCACCUGUUGAUGAGCCCUCCAGCAGUCUUCUUGUCGAUGCCUUGAUUAGUUAUCUCAAUACUGCGGAUAAUACCGUUAGGAUUCGAGCCUGCGAGGGAGUAAUGGUUCUGGCAUCUCUGGAAGACCCCGCGUUUGCCAGGACUAUGGCAAGAAGUGAUUUAGCAAGAGUAAUAACGAAUCGUCUUGAGUACCUCUUCAAUUCCAUUCCGGCGUACGUCGAUCCUGCGGAAUUAUCCGAAAUCGACGUCACCUGGGGCCUCGACUCUCCUCUCUGGACAAACGAAAAAAAAUUCCCUGGGUGUCGACAGGUCGCUGCAUAUUUUAUGUGGCUCGAUUACUGCGACCAAUUAAUCAAAGAGGCUCAUCCAGACGUAGCACAUGAACUUGCCAGGACAAUCAGACUAUUAUUCUUUGAAAAAGUCGUGACUCCUGCAUUAUCAGACCACCACGUGGUCCUCAUAACUGGUCUUGUCACGGAGACAUUGAGGAAGAUAACGUCUCACCUUCUGAGCACAGAAAUUAACUACUGGUUGGUGGGUGAACAGAGAGAUCCAGUGAUAGCAGACGUAUCCACAUCAGUGGUAGAGCGACUGCUUGAAAAUUGCUACACAGACAGUGAUGAUUUGACUUUGGAGACUCUCAAGCUCUUCGAGGAAAUAAUGGAGAAACGUAAUGAGCACGUGCUCCAUUGCAUGGUGUUGAGCUACCUGGCAGCACGUGGAUACUAUGACAACACAGCAGCUGACAGUGCUAUAGCGUCUUGGAGUGAUGAGGAAGAUGAACGAGAACGAGAGAAAAAGGGGUCAUUGGAUUUCUCUGAGAAGAGUCACAGCAGAACCCUGGCGCCCAGUAACAUCCACAGAAUUUUAAAUUGCUUCUUGUCACUGAUGCCGAGGCAGCUCCAGACAGACCCUGGGGAGGACAAUUACGAGCGAUACAUGGCAGACUGGGAGAAACAGUACGAAAAAGUAAAAUUGGACUGCGCCCUGUUCGCCUGGCCUCUGGAGGCUGUGAGUAUCGAUGAUUCUGCGAGCUAUGACUCCAGGCCAGAGGCAGAUCGCUCCUCUCGUUUCUACAUGGGCCCCUUCCUCACGAUGCUCCUGGACAAGGUCUCAAGCAUUCCACAUCAGAGAUACGAGAUCAAUCUCCAGUUGACUGUUGUCGUGUCGAGGCUGGCACUGCUACCACAUCCGUACCUGCACGAGUUUCUGCUGAAUCCUUUGUUGCCUCUUGCACCAGGCACGAAGAGUCUCUUCGGUUGUUUGCAGAAGAUUGUUAAGAUGUUGGUGGGGGAAACCACCAAGUUACAAGGGUUUAAGGAGGGGCUCAAGGAGACACGGAGGAAACUCCUGGAGGAAUCACAGGGACUAGUCACAGAGAAUAUUUUAUACGAAAGUGUAGUGAUAACGGAGGAAUUUUGCAAGGAGCUCGCCGCCAUAGCUUACGUCAAGUAUCAACAUUCCAUGUGAAUAAAGAAAUCAGUCCAAUGCAACGUGUGUACCUUAAUAAAUGUAACAUUCGUCGACAGCAUCUAGUUUAAAUUACAAUUAAUAGAUAGGUCAAUUAUGUUUAGACGAGGAGUUUACAGAGAUGCACAAUUGUACUUUUCUCGAAUAAACAUCCGUUUUGAAAUUUUAA